CAGGUUUUCGUUCUUGGUUUUAUUUUGAAAGGACUCUUCUGUUUUUGAUCCCAGUUUCCGGUUUUAUUUUGUAAACACUUCCGUUUCCCAUCACACCACAGCCGUUCCCGCUUCACUCCCGGUCCUCAUUACACUCACCUGUUUUGUAUCAGUGAUCUUUUCCGUGUAUUUAACCACCACCUGUCACAUUGGUUCUCUGCCAGAUCGUCGUUUACUGAUUCAUUGUUCUCACGCUCCAGCAUUCGUCUUGUUCAGCUUACCCCGUUAUCGAACCUGUUACGUUUUUGAUCUUUGCUUCCCGUCUGAUCCUGACCACUCUCGUAAGUCACUCUGUUACUGAACUCUGCUCGUUUCUGGACCUGUCUACGCCCGCCGAUUCUGUUCCCGUGAUCUGAGCCCUUUCUGGUUUUGACUCCCGCCUGUCCUCGGACCCGAUUUUGCCUAAGCCCUAUGGUGUUGCUACUCCGUGAAUGACCUGGACCGUUUUGUGACCUGGAUUCUGUCAUUAAAGACUUUCUUAACUAUAUCCACUGUCUACCGAGUCCUCGCUGUGCAUGUGGGUCCGUUCAUCUGCCGUUCCGUGACAGAACGAUCUGGCCAGACUUGGACCCAGCCAGCACUCAGCCUCCGGUCAGGUCAGUGACUGUUUUUCUCGCUCCUUUUUUUUUUAACGGCGAGUAUAAUCCACCCGAGGGAGCAUGGAGUUCACCUGUGCCGAGUUACCUAGCGAGCUACGAGUUUAUUUUAAGAUCCUCGCGGAGGAUUACCGACGGGCGGUUACCCCGAAGAACCAGCGCAGCGCCGUGGAGGUGGCGAUAUUGACGCUGGAGGACGAUGACAGUGUGUUAGAGCGCCCCAGUGUUCGUCGCCUCUAUGAGCGACUGUGCGCUAGGUCUGAUGAACUAAGCGACGCGCUCCGCACCACGCCAGCGCCGGUCGCACCGCCGAAGGUUUCGGUUUCCUUCUCCCCGCCCCGUCGGACCGUUGUGUCUGCAUCAACCUGCCCAGCUCCAUGUUUGUUCCGCUGGGAGGAUUCCCUGCAUUCAUGCGGUCCCCCGUCUCCAGUUCAGACGCGAGCUGUUCAGUCCCCAGCUCAGUCGUGUUUUGCCCAGUCCCCAGCUCAGUCGUGUUUUGCCCAGUCCCCAGCUCAGUCGUGUUUUGCCCAGUCCCCAGCUCAGUCGUGUUUAGCCCAGUAUCCAGCUCAGUCGUGUUUUGCCCAGUCCCCAGCUCAGUCGUGUUUUGCCCAGUCCCCAGCUCAGGCGUGUUUUGCCCAGUCCCCAGCUCAGGCGUGUUUUGCCCAGUCCCCAGCUCAGUCGUGUUUUGCCCAGUCCCCAGCUCAGUCGUGUUUUGCCCAGUCCCCAGCUCAGUCGUGUUUUGCCCAGUCCCCAGUUCAGUCAUGCUCCGCUCAGGCUCCAGUCGCCGUUCAGCCUCGCCACGCUCACGCUCUAGUGCAGCCCUGUCACGUUCAGGUUCCAGCCCCAGUCCAGUCGAGCCCAGUCCAGUCGAGCCCAGUUCAGUCUCCAGUUCAGUCGAGCCCAGUUCAGUCGAGCCCAGUUCAGUCUCCAGCCCAGUCGAGCCCAGUUCAGUCUCCAGCCCAGUCGAGCCCAGUUCAGUCUCCAGCCCAGUCGAGCCCAGUUCAGUCUCCAGCCCAGUCGAGCCCAAUGCCUGUUCGGGAAAUAAGACUGUUGGGGGACUACUCGCUUAGAUCUGGCAGAUCAGGUAAAAGCAUCUACCCGGUUGAGGAGUUAAAAAAGGUCAGGGAAAGAGAGAUAGAGCUAGAUGACCUAGAGGAGCUGCCCGCCACAUAUGCAAAAGCAGCGCAGCUUGCAGGGAAAGACACUCGCCGCAUUAGUGGUUUGCAAGAUAAAGUAAUGCAAGUCAUCAAACAAUCAGAGUGUGCAGAGGACGGCAGCGAGGCCGAAGAGGAAUGUGACGGAGAGAGUGCGACUGGGGAAAGCGAGAGGGUCCGGAGGUCACUGGCAGAUGUGGAAUAUUCUAAGCUGCCAGAUCCGAGCAUGGUGUCGACCCCCCGCUAUUUGAAGGAGGGAGCCAAGCCCAAGCAGCCAGGGAUGAAGAAACGAGUGAGUGUGGCUGCAGCGUUUGCUCCCGGGAGUGAGGUGGAAGAAGAGCAUGGAAAGAUGAAUGGAAUCAUCACACUCAGCUUCCAGGGACAGCCAGUGUUGUCAGAAGUGGUGGAGGAAGCAUCAGAAUACCCCCUGCUGGCCAAAGGUGCGAAUCUGCAGUAUGUGCCCUGGCCAACCAUGGAUCUGGAGGGGCUGGUACAAAGGCUGCCCUGUCUGCAUGAUGGUGCAGGGAAGUGGAUUGCAGCUUUCGAAGAAGAAACCAUCGCCACUAUCCUGGCUAUGGGUGACCUCAAAGCCCCCUUGGGAAAAAAUCCAGCCUGA